UUCAACAAUGUGAACUCAGAAAGGCAAAAAGACAGCUUGUUCGCUUCUUCUUCUUUCUCUGUUGAUUCCUCCCCUUUAAAUACCAUCUCUUAGCCCAUUUCCGAAGCCCGAUUAUCUCUCUCUCUCUCAACGAAGAAGAAGAAGUAAUCAUUUAAUCUCAAAUGGCUAACUUCUCUAUUGAGUCCAAAGCGGUCUCCAGCAACGACCAGAGCAACUCUCGUAAUUGUGGAGAACUCGUUGAUGGUUAUCUCAGCCCUCUCCAGAAACACGUUGCUUUCUUCGACAGAAACAAAGACGGCCUCGUGUAUCCAUCGGAAACCUUCAAAGGGUUUCGUGCCAUCGGCUGUGGCAUCCCCUUGUCCACCAUCGCUGCGAUCUUCAUCAAUGGCGGUCUCAGUUCCAAAACUCGCCCGGGAAAGCUUCCAUCUCUUCUGUUCCCUAUUGAAAUAAAGAACAUAAAGAGAGCCAAGCAUGGGAGUGAUACUGGUGUUUAUGAUACCGAAGGAAGGUUUGUGCCAGAAAAAUUUGAAGAGAUUUUUCACAAGCAUGCCCAUACCAAUCCAAACGCUUUAACAUCAAAGGAAGUGUCAGAAAUGCUGAAGGACAACCGGGUUCCUAAAAACUUUGGAGGAUGGAUUGGAGCCUGGACAGAGUGGAAGAUACUGUACUACUUGUGUAAAGACAAAGAUGGUUUCUUGCCUAAAGAUACCAUCAGAGGUGUUUAUGAUGGGACCCUAUUUGAACAAAUGGAGGAGCAUAGAUCAUCUAGGAAAUCAAAAGUAGUUCAUGUAUAAAAGGUGCAGAUUAGUAGAAUUGUCCAUUCAGCCAGUUAUUCAAUGGUCUAGAAUGGAUUUGCCUACAUGAAAACGAGAAGAAAGAGGAGAAUUUCUUUUUAGUGCCUUAUUUUGGGAGUGAAAGACAAUCCUUUAUUUGUUGUACAAGGAAUUGAAUAUAGAAUUUUCAGAAUAUUGGACAGUGCCCUAGGGACAUUGUUACUUGCAUUAAAAUAAUUGACUUUGGCUUUAUUUCGAGCCCUUUUGGAUGAUGGACAUGGUGUAAUUUUUUUUUUUUUUGGCAUGGGUAUGCUGUAAUUUGAAUUGACAUAAUUGGUUUUGGCUUGAUUUUGAGUCC